UUCUUCUCGUUUCCUCGUCGUUACCACUCGAUCCCCCAAAUCCCACUCCUCUCUAGUGUCCGCAACAGCCGAAAGCUCUCGUCCCAGCACCAGCAACUCCUCCGCUCUCGUCCAUCGCCUGACCCCCUUUGCGUCGGCCUUGACUCUCCUCCACAGCCCCACUUUCUUUCUGCGUUCCACACCGUCGAUUGGUUCUCCCCUCACUUUGUUUUAGUAAUUAUCAGUGGAAGAAUGAUUCGAAUGGAAAAUUAAUUACUUUGUUACUGCGCGGCUUCAUCGGGUUUUAAACGACAAGAUGAUAGAGAUCAUCUCAGCCAUAGGAGAACUAAAUGGUCUUUCUUCGCAAGAGUUGAACAAGUUGCUGAAAGAUUCUGAAAACUUCACUGUUGAAUGCAAGACAGACAAAGGCUUCCUUGAGCAAAUCAAUAUGGAGAAACUUGCAUAUUCUCUACCUUUGCACCUUAUUGCUACACUACUUUCACCUGAAAGGGAGAUGCAAAUGGGGCAUGUGCUCCGUGGUGUUCGUCUUUUGCAUACACUGUCUGAUCUAGCAUCACGCCAUGCUAGGCUUGAGCAGAUUCUACUUGAUGACACAAAGCUAUCUGAGCAAGUUUUGGAUCUGGUACUUUUUAUGCUAAUUAUUCUUGCACGUCACAAAGAGGACAACAGUGUUGGUUCUUCUGCUGUUCUGCACUCAACCCUUGUUGCCUGCAGUCUCUACAUUUUGACAAGUUGUCUUUCAUCUCAGUGGCAUGAUCUUGUUCAUGUCCUUCUUGCACAUCCCAAGGCAGACUUGUUUAUGGAUGUAGCUUUUGAUGCUGUGCAUGAGGACAUUAGGAUUUUAGGAACAGUGCUACAGACAUUGAGCAAUGAAUUGUCAGGCAACAUAUCCUUACUCCCUGCAGCUGGAAGAACAGCUCAUUACAUCUGUCAGCAAUGUGAGGCUUCUUUGCAGUUUCUUUUGUCCCUGUGCCAGCAAAAACUGUUCCAGGAUCGUGUCUUAAGGAACAAGGAGCUAUGCAAGCAUGGUGGUAUACUUUCCCUAGCUUAUUCGAUCCUGAAGUUAAAUGUUCCACACAACCUUGAGAAGUCUCUUGACAUUGUAGCUGCAAUAUCUAGGCUAAAGUCCAAAAUUUUGUCUAUUUUGUUGCAGCUUUGUGAAUCAGAGAGUCUCUCUUAUCUUGAUGAAGUUGCUGGCUCUCCAAAAAGCAUGCAUCUUGCAAAAGCAGUUGCAUUAGAGUUUCUUGAUUUACUGAGGGUCACGUUUAGAAGUGAAGGAAAGCAACUUGAUGGUCCUCAAUACAGGAGUAACCCUACAGGCCUGCUGCUCCUUAAUGCAUUGCGUUUAGCUGAUAUAUUUUCUGAUGAUUCAAAUUUUCGAUCUUUCUUCAUGACCAACAGUAUUCCAGUUCUUGCUGAUAUCUUAUCAGUUCCUCAUGAAGAAUUUUCCUUAUGUUGGUGCUCUUUAAAAAUACCAGUGGUAGAGGAAGAUGCAACUCUAGAAUAUGAUCCCUUUAUUGCAGCUGGUGUGGCAUUGAUUUCUCUUGAUAAUGCCAGUGAAAAUUCCCACUUGGCAGCCUUUCUCCUUCCAGAAAUUGAUUCUACAUGCCCUAUUAAUUUUAGUGGCAUGCCAUUAGCGACAUAUGCUCAACAGAGAAUAUCAUAUUUGGUCAAAAUAAUAGCAAAUCUCCAUGUUUUUGUUCCCAAUAUAUGUGAAGAAGAAGAAAGAGAUCUUUUUCUCAACAAUUUCCACAAGUAUCUGCUUCAGGAGAAUCCAGAAUCAUUGGGACACCAUUCUGGUUUUAAUAUUCAGAAGGCUACAAGGGUCUGUAAGAAUUUAGGUUCUCUUUCUCGAUAUGCUAUAUCACUGACUCCAAACUGUUUAACUGACGAGGAUGUUCUUCUUUUGAGUAAAUAUGCUGAUGAGCUGCAGAAGUUAACUCGUGCUAAAGUGGGAGACAGUUUUUUUCAGGAAACCGUAGUCAAAGCGGAAGACGAAGAUGUGAAAUCUGAGUAUGGGUGUCUUGUGCAACAAUCUUCUCUAAGUGGGCAGAAGAAUUCCAACUCCAACUUUAGUAGAAGCCACCAGCAGGAAACAGAAUAUGCUACAGGGAAUUCAUCAUCUUUUACAAGAAAACAAGAUGAAAGUGCUUGGGAAGAUGGUCCAAAGCUUAGCUAUAAUGAUGUUGAUGUCAAAGGCAAAAUUAGGGAAAUCUCAAGGUGCCAAGAUUUGUUGCAGCAAAAGGUUAUGAGACAUUCAGGCAAUGACCAAUUUGAGGAAUUUGAGGUCAAUCAUGAAAGAAAAAGGAAUUCAAUGGAUCAACCUGAGUCUAUGAGAGGUGGAGAGAAAGAGAACACUGAGUCUGAAUUGAAAGGUACAGGACUUCACCUGAACAAGAUGGACUUUGACUCAAUGCCUGACAAUAGGCAUUUUCCACAAUCUGAGUAUCUAACAGAAAGUUGCCUCCCAGAAGAUGAAAAAGCAGAAAAUGGCCAGGGUGAGGAAAAGCAACCAAGAAAGAGAAAGCGAAAUAUUAUGAAUGAGAUUCAGAUUUUAAUGAUUGAGAAGGCUCUAUUGGACGAACCAGAAAUGCAAAGAAAUCCGGUAGCACUUCAGGCAUGGUCUGAUAAACUAAGUUUGCAGGGCUCAGAAAUUACAGCAUCUCAGCUAAAGAAUUGGGUAAACAAUAGGAAAGCUAAGCUUGCCCGAGCUGCAAGAGAGGCCCGUGCUCCAUCCGAAGGGGAUAUUUCCUACCCAGACAAGUCGAGCGGUCCAUGCUCUUCUCAUUUUUGUGAUUCCCCUGAGAGCCCCACUGAAGAAAACUAUGCUGCCCCCGGUAGAGGAAUCUCACACCAAACCAUUUCCAGAACAGGUAGCAUAGUAACAAGAUCAGCCAGAUGCGAGGAUAUGGACAUGAGUACACCAACUGAUUUUGUCCACAGGUCUCAGCAAAAUCAAGCGCCCUUGAGAUCUCAUUUGUUCGAACCAGGUCAGUUGGUUUCAAUGGAAGAUGCCGAAGGUAACUUGGUUGGCAAAGGACAGAUCAUUCAGGUGGAAGGUAGAUGGCAUGGGAAGAGCUUAGAAGAAAGUGGCAUAUGCAUUGUGGAUGUUACAGAGCUCAAAGUUGAGAAAUGGAAGGAGGUGCAACACCCUUCCGAUGCAGCGGGACAUACUUUCGAGGAGGCCAUGGCGAAAAACAGCGGCACUAUGUGGGUGGCCUGGGAUGCAGCAAGGCUUGCUCUGUUGCCUUAGCAUAUAACAUCUCUGCCAAAAGAUAGAAGCGCAGGAAGAUAACAAAGCUGAUGAUUUAGAUUAAAGUUGUUUCAGAUAAUCGGAUUCUGUUACCUAAAAUGCAAAUGCUCGUCGAACCGAAUUCUAAUAUGUAUUUUCUGCAAGUAUUUUGUCAACCAUCCAUUUUGCUUGGCUUUUCAA